ACUAGUUGUUUUCGUUACGCGGGAUAUAACAAAUAAACAACUUCUCUUCCAAACUGCCCAACCCCAUCAGAAAAAUAAUAAAUAGUUUGCUGACUAAAACCCAACCCUUAGAUCAGGAACCUUUCUUCCUCCCUUCUUCCAUCAAUCUUCCAAAACCCAAUUCACUAAUUCACCAUUUCUCAAAUCCCCAUUUUUUUUUCUACUUCCAAAAACCCAAAAAAAUUCAAUCUUGUAUAUUAUUAUUACUUCAAUUCUUACAAAAAAAAAAACAGGGUAUUUGUCUGUUUCUUCCCAAAAUUUGAAUUGAAAAAUGGCAAUUUGGUCUGUAAAAAGUUCACCAAAAAAAUUCCAAGUAAAAGUGAAAGGAUUAAAGCUUGAAGAAUUGCAAAUUACAGAGAAAAAAGGAGUAAAAAUGGCAAUUGAAGUGAAAUGGGAAGGACCUGUGAAAUCUGGAAUUUCAUCAUUGUACAAGAAAUCUCAUCAAGUUCAAAGCUUUUUUUCCAAGGAAAUUGAGUUGCUGAAAUUGGAAGAACCCAUUGAAUGGAACAAUGAGUUUGAUCAUAUUUGCAACUUUUCAAUCAGUUCUAAAGAUCCCACUUUAUUUUCUCCUUGGAUUGUUACAUUCCACAUACUUUAUGGGAAGAGUGAAGAACAGUCAUCAUCAACAUCAUCAUCAACAAGCGGUAAAAUGCAAGUAAUAGGGAAGGCUAAAUUAAAUUUAGGAGAAUUAGCUUCGAAAAUGGAGGAACAACUUGAGCAAAAAAUACCCAUGACUUUAGAGUUGGAUGGAGUUAUCAUGGAAUCUACACUUCAAUUAAUUGUGAGCUUCAUUGAAAUGAAAGAAACCUCUCAUUCACGUACGUUAUCUCAUGACUCAUUCGGAAGUACUCAGAACUCGAAUAAUUCAUCGAGUUUGCUAAGGAGAGCUAAUAGUCAAGGGGCUACAUUAGUACAAGAGAAAGCUAAGAAAAACAAGACUCGGUUAUUUGGGAAGCAGUGGAGUAUGAAGAAUCCGGGUGCAUCUUCAGCCACAUUGAACUCGGAGAGUGAGUAUGUGGUUGUAGCAUCGAGCAGCAAAAGCGGCGAGUCGAACUCAGUGACGGAGUCGAAGAGGUUGCUGAGUUCGGAGACACAGUUGGAUUUGGUCAAGAAAGGUGGGUUUUGGAAAUGGAAGAGGAGGAAAUCCAUGAAGAAAGAAGAGAAUGUUGAGUCUACUCUGGAUGCAAACAAAUCGAGUAACCCUAGCAGUUGGGAAGAAAGGGAACUGAUGAGCAGAGAUGGGAGGACAAAGCUCAAAGCCAAUGUGUUUUUUGCCUCAUUUGACCAACGUAGCGAGCAAGCAGCAGGCGGGAGCGCAUGUGCAGCCAUUGUGGCAAUAGUUGCCCACUGGCUCCAAGUCAACCCGGACUUGAUGUUAACCGGACCUGAGUUUGAUCGCCUCAUCACUGAGGGCUCCUUAGAGUGGAGAAAACUUUGCAACCACGAGUCAAACAAAGACUUCCAACCGGACCAUCACUUUGAUCUCGAAACAAUUCUAAGAGCUGAACUCCGACCCCUAGCUGUCCUCCCAAACAACUCUCGAUUUGGGUUCUUCCACCCAGAGGAGUUUGACCACCUAAAAGACGCUGCAUCUUUCGAUGAGAUUUGGAACGAAAUCAACACAAAUGUAAAUGAGCUAGAGCCACGAGUCUACAUUGUGAGGUGGAACGAACAUUUCUUUAUACUAAAGGUGGAGGCUAACGUGAACUACAUCAUUGACUCCCUAGGGGAACGGCUCUAUGAAGGGUGUAAUCAGGCAUAUGUCCUAAAGUUCGAUGAUUCGACAGUGAUGCUCGAGAAGGGCGAGGAGAAAAGUGAAGAUAAGGUGAUUUGUAAAGGGAAGGAGUGUUGUAGAGAAUACAUGAAGAGGUUUCUUGCAGCUAUUCCACUCAGGGAGUUGAAAGAGGAAGAGGCUAAGGGAAAAACAGUGGAUGUGUUUGUGUUGUAUAAAAGGCUGCAAAUUGAUUUUCAUCUGAGUUCUAAUUCAUCUGCUGUUUCUACAGCUAAUACUUCAAAUACAGCCUCUCCUGAUACUCAACCUCUGUUUCUAGGUGUUGAUGAAUUUGUACAGGUAUAGAAUAGUUUGUGUAUAGAAAAUGAAGUGGUUAGAAAUUUAGCUUAGGAUUAGAAAACCUCAUGACUGUGCUAGUGAGAAACUCAACUGUGAUUGUUCUUCUCUUUUGAUUGAAAAGUUUUGUCAAUAAAAUUGAGAAGAAAAUUGUAAAAGAAAAUAAAAAUUAGUAGUACUAUA